GACGUAACGAAGCGUCUUUUUUAUUUCUUCCUCUUUGUAAACUAAUAGACUUUCAGCACCUUAAUCUGGAAGAAGCAUUCAACAUCCUCUGCAGCUUGGACACCAGCUGAAAGCCCAUCAUGCCUCUGUUUCGGGCUUUGGAUGAACAGGCUGAGGCGAAGGCGAGGCCACGGCGGAGGGAUCUGAGGAACUCUAAGGGGGCUGGAAGCUGCUGGCGGACGCAUGGUGAUGAUCCGGUCCACUCUCUGACACGCCUCUGCCUGUUGAGCCUCGCUGACAACAUGAAGGACCUGUGGGUAAAGGAUUAUGCGGACAACUAUCUUGAUCGCUACUCAUUCAGAUACAUCAUGGGGCCUUUCAACCUUCUGCCUGGUGAGUUGGUGGAAGAGCUGACGUGGCUGCUGUCCACCAGAAAGCAGCUGUCUCGGGCAGCCCUUCACCUGCUGCUGGUCCCUCACCUCCGAGCUCUGUCCCUAGAAAGGUGUCCUGGCUUGGUGACCCCGGCCUUAGGGGCACAAAUUGCUGCUCGUUGCCAGGGUCUGCGAAGUCUGGACCUAUCCGGAGCCCAGCAGCUACCUCCAAAGGUCCUCUGUGAAACCAUCUCCAGUUUGCCUGUCGUGCGAUCGCUCUCCUUGGCUGGAGUGCCUUGUGACAGGAGUGUAAUUCAAACAGUUGCUCGCUGCUGUCGUUUUUUGCAGCGCCUGGAUGUGUCCCGCUGUCACCUCCUCUCCCCUGCUGCUCUGCUUCCUCUCGGUGCUGUGGCUUUUACUCCAUCCUCUUCCAGCUCCAUCAGCUCAUCCUCCGUUUCCUCUACCUGGUCUCCUCUCCCACUCAGCAGCCUGUUGGCUCUGGAUAUUGGGUUUGGGGAACAGGAGGAAGACUCUCCCAUGGCAGCAGCCUAUCUCCUUCUGUCCCUGCCUUUCUUGGAAAGUGUAGCACUGGAGGGCGUAGGACCAGCUUGCCAUCUCAUUGAUCAGAGACAGUUCAGCCAGGGUGAUGAGUUUACCAACAGGGAAGGAGUUUCCAGGCUGCAUGAUGUGUGGAGGGAAAGGAUGCUCAGACAGGGCACAGAAAGCUGGAUGAAGACGAAGGAAGGAGGGUCUGCUGAUGAUGGAGAGGAGAGUGAAGAGGUGAGGAGCUCGUUCUUGGAGGGGUGUGGCUGUGAAUCUGCAGAAAAUGUCAGCGAAGAUGACCUACCUUGCUUGAAAACCCAAACAGAAGAAGGGAAACACGGUUUGUCCCAGUCAGGCCUGAUCCUGCAACUAAGAGAUGUUAAAGGUGUAACUUGUGAGUCUCUAGGGAGUUUAGGGAAUUUGUGUCCCAGCUUAACGUCUCUAUCCAUGAACCUAGACAAACAUGAAGAUAUAGGUGGAAGGAGCCAAGGAUCCCUGUUGACUACUAAUCUUCAGACCUGGUCAGGUCAGCUGCAGAGUCUUUCCUUCAUCUACUCUGGCCAAAUGGUGGAUCUUCUUCCUGCCUUACAAGUUUCAGGUUGCUCCCUAAUCUCUCUGACGUUGGAGGGGGUGAAAACCAGCCCUCACAGCCCACUGCUGCAGCUCAUUAGAGUCUGCCCCAGACUCAGAGACCUCCUUAUUUCUGCUGAGCCUCCUGUUACACCACAGCACCAGACCAACGAUAACCAACAGGAUGAUCAAGAUCUACCAAAGCUGCCAUAUCUCCGCUCUCUCAAGCUCUGUUUUUCCUAUGAGCACAAUCAAAUGAAGCCCUUCAUGUCCUGGAUGUCCCUAAAGCAAGUGAUCAAAUGUGUCCUGAUUGGUUCUCCUUUACUGGAGAAGCUCUCCUUGAUCUCCCUUCCUUGCCCUGUGAACUGCGUCUUACAGGACACCAUCCAAAGAGCUAACACGGAUGCAAGUCACUGUUCCGAUUCCACUGCCUUACCACCACUGCCGCUUGGAAGGAUAGAGCAUAUUGACCUGCUGCGAACAGAUGUGCAGAUGAGCACUGUGAAAAGCAUGAUGCAACUGAGCAAGAGGCUCAAGUACGUGAACGUGAGCUACUGCUGGCGGAUCAGUCAGCGUGAGUGGCUGGACUGCCGCAGGUUCAGACAAGUUGAAGUUGUCUGGGUGUAAAAAGAGGGCAGGAUUCUAAGACUGAAGCCCAACUUAAAGGUGGGUGAGCAGGACUUUUAUUAUAUGAAUAAACCCAAAGCACAUUUUACACUUUAGAUUCUAUAUUUGACAAAUCUCUAUUUGAUCUUUUGACUUCACUGUUAUAAAAAAUUCAAAAGUUUCAUUGACUGUAUUGUUCUUUUUGGUUUACUUGCUCCAGAUUUCUAAUAUGACUGAAAAUCUAAGAUGAAAGGUGUUUAAGAAAUCUGUUUUAGAAAGUGCACUUUGUUUCUCCUUCUUUUAUUAAACUAUGACAAUAAAUUCCAUUAGAGUGGAUGCAAUAAUGGCUCAUGUCUUAGUGUUCACUUGUCAUCUGGUUGAACAAGUCAAUGCAUAGAAAUUUGUACUCAAACUGCUAUAUUUUCUGUUGUAAUUUAGCAAUCUGAAAUAUUCUGUUUAGAUAAAAAUAUUUAGAAAGGAUUCAUAAUUCUAACCUUUGGCAGAUUAUCCUCAUCCAACCGUAGCAUCCAAGUUAAAACCUGCUUUUGAUAUAGGUAAUGAUCUCCAAGACAGAUUUUUUUCCCCCUGUUCUUAUACUGAUCAAAGCAUUUUGAUAACAGCACUGGUCAAUAGAGGGUGAUGGUUCUAUAUUGUCUUCUAUACAAUGCCAUGUAUUUUUAUGUAAAUGUAAAGUGCAGUAAAAUAGCACAAAAUUCUAAAAUUACAUUUGACUUACUUAUCUAAUUAGUGUUUGCCCAAUUACUAUUGAGUCUGUUUUAAUUAGAUAAUCUAAUCCCAAAGGACUACCUGCAAGGCAGUGGUUUGUUUAUAAAGAUAUAUUGUCUCUGUAAAGUGCCUUGAGAUGACAUGUGUUGUGAAUUGGCACUAUAUGAAUAGACUGAAUUGAUAUCUGACUUUAAACAUAUGCUGGUAAAAAUGUCUUAAGUUAGGAAUGUUUGUUAAAGAGCUA